UCAAAGCAAGUUUUGCAGCUGAACCGGCUGGAUGAUUUAUCAAAACAAGGCGCGUCUCUAGUAAUCGCCACAAUGACGUGUUACGCAAGUCAGUGACGAACCGCCCCGGUCUAGCCGAAUUGCAAGGCGCCAUGAACGGUCUGAAGCUACCUCCUGCGGUAUCGACAUCAUCUGUUAUCGUUCCUAAUGGCCAGUCAAAUUUUAAGGGAGCAGUUUCAGCUCGAUACGACGCCGCGCGAGCACCGGCCAGCCAGAGACCAAAACAGCCUGUCAGUCCGUUCCUGCCCACCCGGAUGAGCGUUACUCGCAAGGGCAAGGAGCGCAAUCUAUCGGACUACAACAUGGACGAACUCGAACAGAUGCUCGCACGAACACUCACCCUGCUGAACGAGCCACGUCUAGCCCAGAGCUUGCCCGGUGGAGUCGAAGGAGUGCAAACGCGCCGAUCAAACAUCGAGAACCGCAUUUCGGAGCUGCAAGAUGUCAAGCAAAUCGGUAAAAGACUCGACGGUACGCAUCUAGAAGGAGAUCCCCCGGACCCGGGUGGCAUGUCAGACGACGUCAUCAUGGCCGCCGCAAGUAGCGUAAACGAUAUGCCCUCUCAAGACCGUCAUGGACAAUCUGGACCGGCAGAUCAUACGCAAGCGCCAAAUGCGAUCUCACUGGAGCAGUCUAUCGCCUACCAGCAGAUCAUUGCCAGACGGGAUGCGAUCAAGGCAGCAAAUCAAGCGCGACGCGUACCACCAGGUGACGGCACUGGUGUGAGACCUGCUCCCAAGCCAUCAGCCAGUAAGUACGAAAGUGAUGACGAUGCAGGAUGGUCAGAGGAUGACAGCGACUUUGGCUAUCUGGACGAUGAGCCGCUGUCGAUGAGCGAUCUGAUCGAAGCUCUGUGAGUCUGUUGUGUUGUAGCUCUGUUGUCUCGAAGUAAAGUCAUGGCACGUCGCGAGUCAGAUUAGCACGC